ACUCAAUUAUUCUCCCGCUCUGAGGCCCAUGAUGGGUCUCUCAGGAAACAGAGGAGGGAUCCUGGCGCUGGGAGGAGAAAGAUGGCAGAGACGGAGGCUCAGCUGCUUUUGGGUGUAGGUUUGAUUGAAAAAGAUACCAAUGGAGAUGCUCUGUGGGUUUGGUGUUAUCCUUCUACAACAAUUGCAUUCAGAGACCUCUUAUUGAGAAAAUGCUGCCUUACAGAUGAGAAUAAACAGCUUCACACUUUCCUAUUUGGUCAGUACAAACUAACAUGGUUUUAUAUUACAACCAUGGAAAUUCCAGAGGCUUCUACCUUGAAAAGGGUGACCCAUUUUUCCAUUGUUCUGACAACCAAAGACUUCAAUCCAGAAAAGUAUGCAGCCUUCUCUAGGAUUCUCUGUAGAAUAUACCUGAAAUAUAGGACCCCUGUAAAGAUGAUGGAGAGUUAUAUUUCUGUCCUUACAAAGGGGAUUUGUCAGAGUGAAGAAAAUGGUUCUUUCCUAAGCAAAGAUUUUGAUAUCAGAAAAGCUUAUCUUGCAGGCUCAGUCAAAGAUAUAGUGUUUCAGUUUGGAAUGGAAACAGUCAUCCUGUAUACUGCGCUCAUGUUAAAGAAAAGAAUUGUAGUAUAUCAUCCAAGAAUAGAAACUAUCCUUGAAUUUACCAGGGCAUUACCAGCCUUAGUGUGGCACCGACAAGAUUGGUCAAUUCUUCAUUCAUAUGUGCAUCUGAAUGAUGAUGAAUUAGAAGCAUUAAAAAUGUGUCCAGGAUACAUUGCUGGAUGUAUAGAUUCAGAAGUGAACAACAGGAUAGAUCUUUAUGAUGUAUAUGUCAAUCUGGCUGAAAGUGAAAUCACCAUUUCACAUCAGGCAAAAGAGGCAAUGACAAUGGGAAAAUUGCAUAAAGAACUUGGUCAGCUAAUUGUUCAGUCUGCAGAAGAUCCAGAGAAAUCAAACAGUCAAGUUAUAAAGGAUGUUUCAUUGAAGACAAAGGAAAUCUUGACAAAUCUGGCUUCAUUCACAGAAGUCACUCAUGAUGGUGAGAAGCCAUCACUUAACUUAGAAGCACUGAAACAAAAGCGAUUCCCACCAGCAACAGAAAAUUUCCUUUAUCAUUUGGCAGCUGCUGAACAAAUGCUUAAAAUCUGAUGUUGUAAAUAAACGUCAGUGGAAUACUUUAAAA